CGGACUAUGAAGUUCACCACCACCACUUCCCUCUCUAGCUCGAAUACCUAAUAUAUUGGAGAUGGCAGGCAAGUUUAGUUUUGUGAGUGUCAUGGGAGCACUAUUGGUGUUAACCAUAUUCCAUGAUCCGAUCAUCGUCGACGCCGGCCAAGGUGUUCCGGAGGUAGCAUUGUUCACUUUUGGAGACUCUUACUACGACGCUGGAAACAAGGCGUUUCUAAGCAAAAACAAAAACCCUCCACAGACCCUGUGGCCUUACGGCAAGUCCCGCGACGACCCCAACGGCAAGUUUUCAGACGGCUACAUUGUCCCCGACUUUAUCGCUGAAUUCAUGUCCAUUCCAAACGGAAUCCCGCCGGCGCUUAAACCUGGUGCUAAUCUUUCACGUGGAGCUAGCUUUGCCGUCGCCGACGCUUCUAUUCUUGGGGCUCCGGCGGAAUCUAUGACACUGAAUCAACAAGUGAACAAGUUCAGAAGUAUGAUAUCAACAUGGUCCGACGACUACAUCGAGAAAUCAUUGUUCAUGAUAUACAUCGGUACGGAAGAUUAUUUGAACUUCACCAAGACCAAUCCCACUGCUACUGCUUCUGCUCAACAAGCUUUUGUCACCUCCGUCACGAACAAACUAAAAACCGAUAUCGGCUUGUUAUACUCCUUGGGAGCUAGUAAAUUCGCAGUUCCAAUGCUAGCACCAUUGGGUUGCUUACCGAUCGUGAGACAAGAAUACAAAACCGGCAACGACUGUUACGAGCCACUCAACGAUUUGGCCAAACAACACAACGAGAAGAUCGGUCCGAUAUUGAACGAGUAUGCUAAAAAACCCAACGGCGGUUUUCAGUUCACCGUCUUAGAUUUCUACAAUGCUGUUAUCCGUCGGACAACAAGGAGUUAUAACUACCGGUUUUAUGUGGCCAACUCAUCUUGCUGCGGGGUAGGGACUCACAAUGCGUAUGGUUGUGGAAUGGCUAACGUGCACUCGAAGCUAUGUGAGUACCAAAGAUCUUACUUCUUCUUUGACGGACGUCACAACACUGAGAAAGCUCAGGAGGAAAUAGCUCAUCUUCUCUAUGGAGCCAAUACAAACGUGAUCCACCCGAUGACCGUACGUGAGCUAAUCGUUUUUCCGGCUAAGGAGAACAUGCGUGAGUUGUGGGAACCCAACAAGCCGUCUAUUCGUCGUCGACGGUCAUCUCGUGAUUACCUCGAUUUAUCAGCUUAUUAUUAGCUGGAUGACAUUGAGCUGAACCAAUCAAUCUUAUGUGUGCGCCUACAACUAUUGUAUCCUGUAUCGCGUAGUAGUUAUGUUUGUGUUGUCGAAUAAAUUGCGUGGUCCAUAUUAUGUUUCGUAAUCUAUGGAAAUUAUAAGAACGUUCAAAUUAUAAUGGAAGGGUAUUGAAUC